UCUUUGGCCACACCAUACGUUAUCAUAUCCGGUUAAAUAUGUAUCUCUGUUGGCGGGAACUGUACAGUAGUCCACAGUUGGCUGCCUAGUAGGAACUGAAUGUCUUCAUUUUGGUUGAGCUAAAAUCAUUGUUCAUCAUUGCACUUUUUCGUCAAGUGAAAAUGUCUCGUGUGCUGAACUGCAUUGUGGCUGUUUGUCCUGAUAUGGGGAUUGGAAAUAACGGGAAUCUACCUUGGCACCCGAAGAGACUCAAUAAUGAAUUUAAGUAUUUCCAGAAGAUGACAAUGACGUCUUCAGUGGAAGGUAAACAGAAUGUUGUCAUCAUGGGGCGGAAAACAUGGUUCUCCAUUCCAGAGCGGAACCGGCCACUCAAGAACCGGAUCAACAUCGUUCUCAGCAGAGAACUUAAAGAGCCUCCUGCCGGGGCUCACCACCUGGCGUCAGACUUCCGCUCAGCACUCCGCCUGCUGGACACGGCUGAGAUGGCAGAACGGGUCGACCAGGUCUGGGUGAUCGGGGGCAGCUCUCUGUACGAGGAGAUGAUGGAGAGUCAGGGGACCCGGAGGUUGUUUGUGACACGGAUCCUGCAGCAGUUUAAGAGUGACACCUUCCUGCCUGAAAUCAACCGAGACAAAUACCGCCUACUAUCAGAGUUCCCAGGAGUCCCACAAGACUUGCAGGAGGAGGCUGGGCUACAGUACAGAUUUGAAGUCUACGAAAGCAUCGACCAAUGAGCUAUAAACACACCCAGGAAAACAUCCUGUGUUGUCAUGUAAAUAUUUUCUCGCUGCUCACUGUUGUCACUCACAUUGAAUGAAUAAAAUGUGUUUAAUUCCA